AACACACCAGCAUCAGCAGCAUCAGCAGCAUCCUGCCUCUAGCUCGCAGACCGUGAGAUCUCCACACGGCGCUAAGAGGGAGGCGGGCUCGCGGAAGAGGAGCACCGAAGGACCACAGUAUUCCCGGGCUUUGGCCGCAGCGUUAAGGCGAGCGCUUUUUUUUGGCGCGUGGUACUCCACCUUCGCGAAGCGACGGCAUCUAUGGCUCGAGCCAGGAGCGCGUGACGGGACUCAGAGCGAUGGAGUCUCUGUUCGGCGGGGGGGAGCUGGGGCUCCUUGGGGGGGGCGGCGAGGCGGGGGGGCUGAAGGAGGACGGCUGCGGGAACGUGGCGUGGCACUCCUCCCCCCUGGGCUCCGACGACGUCUACUCCGCCCCCCACUUCACCCUGAUCUCGGCCUAUCAGGACAUCAAGACGCGGCUGGCCAGCCUGGAGCGAGAGAACAGCGGCAUCAAGAGGAAGCUCAAGAUCUACGAGAUCAAGUUCCCGAUGAUCAGCGAGUUUGGCGAGGACAACUCCUACUGCUCCUUCGAGACCAAGGAGACGGCGCUGCUGCACUCAGAGAACGGGAACCUGCAACAGAGAGUCAACGCCCUCACGCACGAGCUCCAGAAGAGGAAGGAGCGUGAGGGCCAGCUGGAGGAUGUGAUCCAGGCCUACGAGAAGAUCCACAUGGAGAAGAGCAACCUCCAGAGAGACCUGGACAAGAUGACCAACCUGGUGGAGAAGCACGUGGAGCGGAUCCUGGGCCUGGAGGCGGCGCUGCGGCAGCGGGACGGCUCGCUGCAGAAGCUCAACACGCAACUCCGCAGCAAGGACAUGCAGUACCUGCAGCUGCACGCCUCCUCCGAGACGCACAUGCUGGAUUGUCCCGCUCUGACCCUCCAGAGCUCCCGUAGUUUGGACGCGCUGUCGGACCUGAAGCUUCAGCGGCUGGAGGCGGAGCUAGAGGGGGCGCGGCACGAGGCGCAAGGGGCGUGUCUGCGGGAGGAGGAGGCCAAGGUGGUGUGUGAGAGGCUGAAGGAGGAGGUGGAGCAGCUGCAGAACAGCCAGCGCGACCGGGAAAUGACCUCGUCCUGCGAGCAGUGUGAUGUGGAGUGGAUAAAGAAGGUGGGGGACGAACAGGUUAACCUGGCCCUGGCCUACACCGAGCUGACGGAGGAGCUAGGCCGGCUCCAAGCUCUGAGCUCCAAGCAGACGGAGAUCCUGAGGAAAGCCUCGCAGGAGCAAGCUAGCCCAGUCCAGCGCCACUCCCCUCCGGUCCACCUCCACUCCCCCAGCCACCACCCCCGGCUCUCCCCCGUCUCCCCACGCCACUCCCCGGCCCCGCCCCCGGCCCACCACUCCCCCAUCGCCCAGCGCCGCUCGCCGGUGCUCCAGCGGCUCUCCCCCGACAUGCACCGCCGCUCGCCGCUGCUGGACGUCAACGAGGGCCCCGCCUCCUACUCCUGCCGGCCCCCCAGCCACCACCUGAGGGCCAGCUUCCAGGGCCGCCGCAGCUACUCGGAGGUGGCGGACCCCUCGGCCUACCAGCGGCCCCCCCGCUUCACGCUGGAUCCCGUGUCCACGCUGCCCAAGCCCCGCCCCUACAUCGACGGCUACAGCAAGCAGCAGCAGCAGCAGCAGCAGCUGAUGGGGGGGCUGCAGCACCGCGGCUCCCCGGGGCCCCACCAGGGGGGCGGCGGCGGCGGGGGAGGGGGGGGAGGCGGAGGGGGAGGAGGGGGAGGGGGGGACGACGGCUCCAUGCGCCACUCCAGGGAGAUGCCCUUCCCGCUGUCGGAGCUGUCCCACCUGCGCUUCGAGCCGCCGCCCCCCUCCACGCCGGCCCCCCCGCCGCCACAGAACCACUCCUCGGACGACGACGAGGACUGGGCGUGCCCCCACCCCAUCAGCCCCCCGCGGACGCUGGGCGUGCCCCCCUCCGGGUCCAUGUCCCCCGGCCUCAUGCGGGGGCCCUCCUCCUGCUCCGUCUUCCCCAUCCCCCAUCGGAGCAACACGCUGAGCUGCCCCCCCCAGGGGUACAUGUCCGCCGAGCACGCCCAGUCCUGGCCCAGCAUCAACCUCUGGAUGGAGACGGAGGAGAGCGACAUGCGGAGCUGCCCGCUGUGCCAGCUCAUCUUCCCCGUGGGUUACCCUGACGACGCCCUCAUCAAGCACAUCGACUCACACCUGGAGAACAGCAAGAUCUGAUCGCCAUGGCAACCCCCCUGCUGCACCCGCCCAAUCCCGCCUCCCUGCCCCCAUCCUCGCCCACGCCCCCCGCCCCCCGCUGCCCGGCCCCAGACCAGGGGCCUCAUGUAUUAUGUCAGUGAUAAGCAAACGUGACCAUUGGGGAAGAGAAGAACCAACCAUAUGAUGGGAUCAGAGCGGUGGUGGUAGUGGUGCUGUACAGUGAUGCAGUGAGACGGUGAUGCAGGGCAGUGAUGCUGUAAGCAGUGAUGCAGUGAGUAGUGAUGCUGUUAUGCAGUGAUCAGUGAUGCAGUGAGACGGUGAUGCAGGGCAGUGAUGCUGCAGUGCUGCUGUAAGAAGUGAUGCUUUGUGUAGUGAUGCGGUUAUGCAGUGAUCAGUGAGGCAGUGAUGCUGUGCAGUGACCAGGGAUGCAGUGAUCAGUGAGGCAGUGACGCUGUGCAGUGAUGCAGUGAGCAGUGAUUCAGUCGGCAGUGAUGCUGUGAUGCACUGAUACACUGGGGCAGUGAUGCAGUGAUGCUGUAAGCAGUGAUCAGUGAUGCUGUGAGGCAGUGCAGUAAUGCAGUGACGCUGUGCAGUGAUGCAGUCGGCAGUGAUGCAGUGAUGCUGUAAGCUGUGAUCGGUGAUGCUGUGAUUCUGUGAGGCAGUGCAGUGAUGAAGUUAUGCAGAGAUGCAGUGAUGCGCUGAUACACUGGGGCAGUGAUGCAGUGAUGCUGUGAGCAGUGAGCGGUGAUGCUGUGAUUCUGUGAGGCAGUGCAGUGAUGCAGUGAUGCUGCAGUGGAGUGCUGAAGGCUCGGUGGGAGUCCUGUGCAUUGCAGUUGUGUGCAUGUCUGCGUCUCCGACAGAACAGAUCUGUGUGUGGGCCGAGGUGACGCACUGUUCAGCAAUAUGACACAUUUCUGCGGGAGGCUGGAUAUGAAGGCUGUAAUCGUUCUCAUUAUUAUGACAGAGUGGGACAGGGUUCCAACAGGGAGAAUACUUUUGCUCAAAGGCCAGGGUUAUUGAAGUCAGAUGAAGAGGUAGAAGAAAAGCAAAGAUCUGUUUCAUGUUGACUGAUUUAUCCUCCGUUUAAUGACUAGUUUGCUUAUCUUAAAUGUAAUUAUUUCUACCUUGCAACAUUGGUUGAUUUUUUUAGAGAAGUUUGCUUCUGGAGAAUAGAGAAUGCCUUGAGUCACAGAAAUGAGGACAGACAAACAAUAAUUCAUGAAUGAUCCCAAUGAGGUCAUUAUUUUUAUAUAGUACAGCCUACAAUUAAACAAGGCGCCAUUUGUAUAAGUGGAAGGACAGGUGACAUGUUGAAAUAAUCAAAUGCAUUAUUAGACUAAACAGAAAAAUACGUUCAAGCCACACAGCCAGGUAACCCGUAUGUAACCGUGAUGUACGUCCGGUUAAAACCUGACUUCUUUUUUGCUCCGUCCACAACCGAAAGGGAAAGGAGAUUCCCUCAAUAAGCGGAACUUUCCCUUUGUCAUCGAAGCGGUACAACAUUAGUUAACAUGACUCAUCUGUUCUGAAUGGACACAUGGGAUGGUCGAGGCUGAAAUCCUUUUAUUUGAUCUAUUUCUCUAUUUAUUUAUUCAUCGUAUACGUCCCGUGCUCCUCCAUUUGUUCAGGGACCAGGGAGCAGGAGGAGCUGACCUUACUGAAUGAUUGUCUCUAGACCAGAGCUACAUCCCCCUACAGAUACAAACAUUUGAGUUACCACGGAUAUUCAAAAAGCAAAACCAGAAUCUCCCGGGACUGCGGGAUUGGUUAAGCUCAGCAGGGCGGGACAUCGGAGCUCCUGAUAGGUGGGGCUAGACUAUCUGCCUCCUCAUGUCCGACCUGAUUUGAUAUUUAAAUAUCUCAGCACUUUAAGUAACCAGAGCCUGAAUCCUGUUAUAAGACCCUCCAAAUAUCUGACAUGUGUCAUUUAUAUUUAUAUUCUAAAGUAACAAAGUGAGCCUCAUAUGUUUGGUUGCAUCUCUAUUAACACCGCCCUCUCGUUUCACACACACUGUUGUGCAUCGCAGGGUUGAUGGUUGAACUUCUUCGGCACAGAAGGUGCGUUCGGAUUAUUUAUUUUUACCGUUGUUUUUUCCUCUUUUUUUUUUUGUAAAUAUCUUACUGUACAUACACAGUACUGUACAUACACAGUACUGCACUGGGAUCCUCCUAGACCACCUACAGAGCUGAGCUUCAGCUGUACUGGGAUGAACUGGGAUCCCUCCCAGUCCUUCAGAGCUGAGCCUUAGCUGUACUGGGAUUUACUGGGAUCCCUCCCAGUCCUCCCACAGUGCUGAGCUUCAGAACACGUUGAUGUCACGACUGCCCAGACCACCGAACAAAAAUUGAGGAGUUUAUUGUUGAACCUGCCACCCCCCCAUGGUGUCCAGCCCAUCGCCCGCCCCCCCCCACCCCCCUCAUUCCCCUCGUCUGUUGGUGAAGAAGAGCCUCAUCUCUUAGGGGAGGAGCCUGACCCCCAAGGGGAGGAGCCUGAUCUAUUAGGGGUGGAGCUUUGCAUCUAUGGGGAGGAGCCAUACCACUCGGGGGAGGUGGCAAAGUUCUCACAGGAAGACUUGGACUGAAUUUGUUCUCGUACGUCACUAGAUGAUGGAGUCUCAUUCUCUGCGUGUGAGGCCUUUGCGUGUGCGCAUCAUAAUCCGUUUUAGCAAAAAGAAUACUCACACUGAUGUCAACUCGUGGUGACGGUUUUAUCUAAUACAUGCAGAUUCAGGUUAGGCUCCCUGUGUAGAGUACACACACACACGCACACGCACACACACACGCACACACACACGCACACACAUCUACACACACAUGCGCAUGCAACCAUACACAAUGGUCAUGCAUUGCACAUGCAUACUCAAGCACCUCAUGCCUUGCCCAAAGGGCAGGGCAGUGGAAAUCCUCCAACAUCUCCACCAACAGCAAGCAGAUGGCUGGGAUCCGACUGGAAAAUAACUCUUCAAAGAAAGGUUUUUUAGUACGAACCCCCUAAUAUACUGCACUGUAAGUAUGUUCCCAUCACUUUAUGUAAGAAAAUAUAUAUUUAAAGCUGAUCGAUUGUAUUGUGAGAGUGAGGCAUCACAUUACUGUACUUCAAAUUGGAGUGCCUGUAAAUCUAUUUAUAGUUCAUGCCACUGCAACCCAGCAUUACAUGUACAGUAUAUGUGACUUACAGUAUACAAGUUCAGCUAAAAACACUUCUAGAUUUGUUAUAAAAAAAUAAACUGGAUGAGAAUCCCGUUAAUACAUUGAGGGAGACGAGGGCUCCGGGAGUCUGAAGACUUUGCGUCCCAACGCCAAACAAUGCAGUCCCUGAACACAACACAGGUGUGACCUUGUCUAUCACUUGAUGUAAAACAGGUCCCCGUUUCCCACGCUUCGCUCAUGUGAUUAUCGUACUGCUAUCAUCGUACUUCAAUUAAAAAAUAGAAAAAAAACGUGACCACAUUGCGUGUACCUCUUCACUACGAUCUGUAUUUCACAACCAAAGACAAAGAAGUCAAUUUUUCACCUGCAUUUCCUGUACACAACUGUGAGGCGGUGAAGGGGGAAGGAGAGUGAGGUGGUCUGGUUCCUCAUACUCGUUCACCAAGACAAAAGGUGUUAAACCAGCAAUCACAGUAGGUACUAAGUGUUCGUUCACAAAGUCCCACGAUGUGUGUGAUAGUGUGUGACGGCCAAGGUCCUGUACCGCCGUUCAUAGACUCGCGGCUCCAUCACAGACGAUGCCCUGGUGCAUUCUGGGGGAUGUCUUUGCUGUGCCGUGCUAACGAGACACGGUCCAUGAAGUGGUCCCCCAAUCAGCCCUUGUACCGUGGUUAUUUUGUUUUUCUUGUCCUACGACAUAGAGUGGGCGAUCCACACACAGGACAGCGGGAUUCAGCUGGAGGAUCCCAUCUGUCUUGCUUUUGUUACCAAAAGAAAUCGAAGUGUCGAUCUUUAUCUUGUUUUAUGUGGUAGGGAAAAAACAAAGUGCGUUGAUCUUUUCAAAACACAGAAGACGUACGCUCUCGAAGACGAGAGAAACAAGUGCAACAAAAUCUGUUGUUUAUUUGUAUUCAUUUUUUUUGUUUUAUUGUUUUAUUGUUUUCUAUCCUUGUAUAUUUGCCACCUCUUACCUGUUACCUGUAACGUUGUAUUUCUUCUGGCGUCCCUCCUGGGAAGCGUGGCAUCGCCAUGGAUGCUCUUCGGGCGGGUGCUCUCUCCGCCUGUCACUCAGUCCCUGAAGAAGAACUCGGACACGCCUGGCUUCCACAGACUUAACAUGUGUGGAGAAAAAAAAGUGACAUAAAAGACAGCAUUUUUUUGAUUAUUCGUCUGUAAAUAAAUUUAAAAUUGCACUUAAA